CACUCCAAAAUUCAGUGCGAGGGUUUAUGCAAAAGGGUUUAACAGAAAGCUAGAACCCACAAAACCUCACCCAGUUCCGACCAUGAGAAAGUCUUCAAUUUCACUCUUCUCCCAUCUCAGUCGUCGGAGUUCCAAAUCCUUUGCUCCUCUUCUCUCCAGAAAUUACAUUUCUGACCCUCUCGCUUCCUCUUCAUCUUCUUCUUCGCCGACCCGGUUCAGGCCCUGCACCAAACUCCAUGGCUUGUUCUUCAAAAACACCCAAUUCCAAGCAAACCCAUCUCGAAACAUGGACACCCUCGCGCCUCAAAUGUCCUCAAGGCAGAGAAAAAUCAAGGAAAGGUCCGAGCUCGAAGACGCAUUUGAAUCAGCGACUACUUCCGAAGAGAUGCGUAGGGCUUUCAAGGAAAUGGAGUCGGUUUUCGGAGAGAAAGAGCUGGCCUUGGCUUGUUUGAAACUUGGGCUCAAGCUUGACCAAGAAGGUGAGGACCCUGAACAGACUCUCUCUUUUGCUACUAGGGCCUUUAAUGCUUUUGAUAAACAAGAUGAUGAUAGGGAUAGUAGUAGUGGUAAUAAGCCUUCGUUUCUUGUUGCAAUGGCUUUACAAUUGAUGGGUUCUGCUAAUUAUAGCUUGAAGAGGUUUAAUGAUAGUUUGGGGUAUCUGAAUAGGGCUAAUAGGAUGUUGGGUAGGUUAGAGGAGGAGGGUUGUAAUGUUGGGGAUAUUAGGCCGGUGCUUCAUGCCGUGCAGUUGGAGUUGGCGAAUGUGAAGACGGCGAUGGGGAGGAGAGAGGAGGCUCUUGAGAAUCUGAGGAAGUGUUUGGAGAUUAAGGAGGUGAUGCUGGAGAAAGAUGGUAAGGAACUUGGCAAGGCCAACCGGGACUUGGCUGAGGCUUAUGUUGCGGUUUUGAACUUUAAGGAGGCGUUGGGAUUCUGUAGGAAGGCAUUGGAGAUUCAUAAAGAACAGUUGGGGCAGAACUCAGUGGAGGUUGCACAUGACAGGAGGCUUCUUGGGGUUAUUUAUACCGGGUUGGAGGAGCAUGAGAAGGCCUUGGAGCAAAACAUGUUGUCACAGAAGGUUUUGAAGAAUUGGGGUCUUGGUUCUGAUUUGCUUCGUGCGGAGAUUGAUUCUGCGAAUAUGCAGAUUGCACUGGGGAAGUAUGAUGACGCUAUUAAUACUUUGAAGGGUGUUGUUCAGCAAACGGAUAAGGAUAGUGAGACAAGGGCACUAGUGUUUAUCUCUAUGGGAAAAGCAUUAUGUAAUCAGGAAAAGCUUUCGGAUGCAAAGAGAUGUUUGGAGAUUGCUUGUGGAAUUCUUGACAAGAAAGAGAGAGCCGCCCCGGUAGAUGUUGCCGAGGCAUACUCAGAAAUAUCAAUGCAAUACGAGACAAUGAACGAGUUUGAAACUGCAAUUUCACUGUUAAAGAGGACAUUGGCAUUGCUUGAGAAGCUCCCUCAAGAACAACAUUCUGAGGGAAGUGUUUCUGCUAGGAUAGGGUGGUUACUUCUGUUGACUGGCAAGGUCUCACAGGCUAUUCCGUACUUGGAAAGUGCAGCUGAGAGAUUGAAAGAGAGCUUUGGGCCCAAGCAUUUUGGUGUGGGCUAUAUUUACAACAACUUGGGGGCAGCAUAUUUGGAACUAGACCGGCCUCAGUCAGCUGCACAGAUGUUUGCUGUCGCAAAGGACAUCAUGGAUGUCGCACUUGGGCCACAUCAUGCAGAUUCAAUUGAGGCAUGCCAGAACCUCUCAAAAGCAUAUGAUGCCAUGAAAAGCUAUGCCCUUGCAAUCCAAUUCCAGCAGCAAGUAGUUGAUGCUUGGGAGAACCAUGGACCAAGUGCUCAUGACGAACUCAGAGAAGCACAUCGACUUCUUGAAGAGUUGAGGAAAAAAGCCCGUGGUACAUUCUUAAAUGAUGAGCGAACCAUCAAGGCCUUGCCCUUGCCCCAAACUCAUCCGUCUGCCAGGAGCUCACAAGCUGACUUCCUGUGAAUUUGAAGUGAUCAGACUUAAUUUAAAAGAUGCUCAGAGUAAUAGAUAUACUGGAUAAGAAAGCACAUUGCAAGAAGUGGUUAAAUUCAUCCUUGGAGUGUAAGGGGGUAUGGCUGCUGGUUUCAGUUCUUCUCAUAAUGUUUUGGCUAUAUUUUUUUUUUUCCAGGUGAUGGGGAAUGUGAACGUCUUUAUAAGAAAACAAUCUUAAUAAGUCAUUGUUCUACACUUAAUAAUGUAUUAUCUUGAAGAACACAUUUUUCUGCUCAUGUAUAUUGCUUUAGAAUUGAGGAAUAUUUUUGUUUAUUUCCUAAUCAUGAUGAAAGUUCUAUCAAAUAAUCAAAUUGUCUUCCUCA